AUGAUCAGCUGCUCAGGUUGUCAAAAUGGACAUACCCUAGUGAACUUGAAUGGUGGUGCUGGCAAAGCAGAUUUAUUGCCAACGUCAAACGAAGAUCGUUCGACUUGUGAACAUGAAUAUGACAUAGAAAAGUCCGAAUCUGAUAGACGACUUUAUCGUGUCCUCACUCUUCAAAAUAAAUUAAAGGUGCUACUUGUCAGUGACUUUGAAACAUCCAAGGCAUCCGCAUGCUUAUGUGUUCGUGUUGGAAGUUUCUCGGAUCCCGUGGAAUUGCCGGGAUUGGCCCAUUUUUGUGAACACAUGAUUCUGUUGGGGAGCCAAAAAUAUCCCGAUGAGAACGAAUAUUCGAAAUUUGUCAGUUCCCAUAAUGGGUUUUGCAAUGCAUACACAUCAGCGGCUGAAACGUCAUUUGUUUUUGACAUUGCUCCUGAAUACCUCCAUGAAGCACUUGAAAUAUUUGCUGAGUUAUUUAUUACCCCUCGGUUUACGGAGUCGGCUGUUGAACGCGAAGUAAAUGCCGUGGAUUCUGAACAUGAGAAAAAUCUCCCAAAUGAUCUUCGUCGUCUUAUCCAGAUUGAUAAAUUACUCGCUUCGCCAGAUCAUGAUUAUGCCAAAUUCAGCACUGGCAAUAAAACAACGCUAUUCGACAACCCAAAAAAACAAUCAAUAAGCAUUCGAGAGGAACUUGUUAAAUUUCACGCAAAAUUCUACUCAUCCAAUCUUAUGGCUGUCACUAUACUUGCCAAAGAGUCCCUGGACGACAUGGAAAUGAAAUACGCCUCUCUCUUUAUGAAUGUACCUAAUAAAGACAUAGAACCGCGGUCGUGGUCUACAACGCCUUGGACAAAGGAGCAUUUGCAGAAAAAAAUUUUCAUGGUUCCUGCAAAGGAUAUCCACGAGCUUCGUAUGUUUUGGCCCAUUAAAGACUACACCCAUUUCUACAAAUCCGAGCCCUCAAGGUAUCUUGCACACCUUCUGGGCCACGAAUCCUCCGGGAGUUUGCUGAGCGCCCUGAAGAAGAGAGGCUUCGCUAACGACAUCAUCACAGAGACUUACCGACCUAGUUCGGGUUUCGCCUGUUUGACACUUCGCGCCAUUUUAACAGAAAAAGGCAUCAGUAAUAUCGAUGAUAUUAUUACCAUCGUCUUUCAAUACCUACAUAUGCUGAAACAAGAAGGAAUCCAGGAGUGGAUUUUUGACGAAGAACGUGAUUUGGAGGCCCUUCGCUUUCGCUUUAAAGGCAGCGAAGAGCCCUUCGACUAUGUCGCAAAACUCUCCUCUCGAAUGUUUUUAUAUCCACCGAAAGACGUUUUAACUGCGUCACACCUUCUCAGUGAAUUUCGACCUGACUUGAUUAAUGAAAUUUUGUCGUGCCUUGGACCAGAAAACCUCAGAUGUUUCGUCCUAAGCCGAAAAGUUGCGGAAAGAUGUAAUCGGACGGAGUAUUUUUAUGGAACGCGCUAUGGCUACGAGACAAUACCACAUGAGACGGUGGAGGCGUGGCGAAAUUGUGGCCUUAAUCCGGACCUCCAUCUUCCACCAAGGAACCCGUACAUGCCGUCCAACUUUGAUCUGAAGUGCCAUUUGGACCCUGAUCCAGAAGAUGUGCCAUCUGGUCCACGAAUUGUUCUUCAGAACUCGGGCACACGGCUUUGGUUCAAGCAAGACAGCGAGUACAAGCUGCCUAAAACGUUUGUCAGCUUUAACCUCAUUAGUCCAUUCUGGACGUCAGACCCCGUCCGAGAUCUGAUGCUACAGCUGUUUGCCAGUCUCUUCUACGACAGCGUGAACGAGGAUUCUUACCUUAGUAGUCUCUCGGGUCUAUAUUUUAACAUUACGGCAUUUGCGCCAACCCUUCGGUUGACCUUCAACGGGUACAGUCACAAGAUGCCAGUGUUGGUAGAAACACUAGCAAAUCAGUUGUUGCAGUUUAUGAAACCAGACACAGAGCGUUUUAGCUGUUUGCUGAAGAAGUUGGAGCUCCAAGUGAAGAACUUCAAAUCACUUCCGCCAUUCGAUCAGGCGGACGGGUACUGUGCCUCCACCAUCUUCGACCGCACGUGGGUGCACGAGGACAGGUGUGCGGCGGUCAGUGCAGACCCAGUCGUAUGCUCAUUUUUUAUCAACUUUACCCAAUUUUUUUCACCACAGGAAGCUCUGAAAUUUAACGAAAUGAUGACUCAAGCCCUUGAAAAACACGUGAACUGGCAUCCACCCGUGGCGUUUGCAUCCCCGCUCAUGCGUGAAGUUGAAAUCCCUACAGGCCUCCCUCACAUUUACAAAAGUGUAAAUACGGGGAACCCGAGUUCCGCUAUCCUCGUCUACUUCCAGUGUUCUCCCGUCACCGUGGAGGAGUGCGCUAUGCACCGACUCUUCGAGCAGAUUAUUCGUGAACCCGCAUUCAACACUCUGCGCACGGAGAAACAGCUGGGAUAUAUUGUUCGCGCUGGAUGGCAUCAGUCGAACACGCGCCAGGGCAUUAAUAUAAUCAUCCAGUCGAAAUACCACCCAAGGGAUCUGGAUGAGUUUAUAGAAGAAUUUGUUGCCGAUCUGGAGGAGAAGUUAGUGAGCAUGCAGCCAAUGGAGUACAGUGAACACGUAAACUCGGUUGUUUCGAAUUUGCUUGAAAAGCCCAAGAAUAUGAACCAGCAGUACACACAAUACUGGUCACAAAUCAUCCGACGACGUUAUGAGUUUGAUCGGUGUAAGUUUACGGUAGGAGGAGUCCCGUCUCCUAUUCUCUGUGGCGCCAUCACACUGGUGUAUCGGUCGGUGCCUUGUCGCACUUCUCAAAUCAUUUUAAAGAAAUGGCUCAAAUUACAUGUGACCCAUGGUAGGAAAUACGAUGUCUCCUCUUUGCGACCACCAUACUGA